UAGCGCUGGGUGAGAACGAGGGCAACAAGCCAGGGCUGUAAAUGACAGCGGAUUCAGCCCAUAUUCCCGCGCAGAUACAUUGGCUGCCAGCGAGAGGCACAAACGGCUUCUCCAGCUUGACUUCUAUUCACUGUCCGUUGUUCCGCCAGCUGAUUCCAUUGAACAUCUCUGCCGCUAGAGGUCGCUGUUCUCUGGCAAAGUCUUCUGGGUUAGCAGCGGCCGUGCGUCUGUUCAGCUGGGGAGGGGGCGGAGUCCGCAGUCGCUUCCUGGCCAAGCAUGGCGAAUGUGCUGUGCUGCUUCAGGUGCUGUGUGGACGAUGCCUCUGGGCACAUUCCGCUCAAGGAGAUGCCGGCAGUACAGCUGGACACGCAGCACAUGGGAACGGAUGUUGUAAUCGUCAAAAAUGGCAGGCGAAUCUGUGGCACAGGGGCCUGUCUUGCCAACGCACCUCUUCAUCAGAACAAAAGCUAUUUUGAGUUUAAAGUACAAUCUACAGGUAUAUGGGGCAUUGGCGUUGCAACACAAAAAGCAAAUUUGAACCAAAUUCCACUAGGACGCGAUGUCCAUAGCCUAGUCAUGAGAAACGAUGGGACCAUUUACUAUAACAAUGAGGAAAAGAACAGUCUGCCAGCAAACGGUUUACCCCAAGAGGGUGAUGUUGUGGGCAUUUCAUAUGAUCAUGUAGAAUUAAACAUCUAUUUAAAUGGAAAAAAUAUGCACUGUCCAGCUUCUGGUAUCAGAGGGACUGUCUACCCUGUUGUUUAUGUUGACGACAGCGCAAUUUUGGACUGCCAGUUUAGCGAGUUUUAUCACACCCCUCCAGCUGGAUUUGAGAAGAUUCUCUUUGAGCAGCAGAUUUUCUAAAGACUGGACUCCUUCUGCAGUCACACAGCUUGGUCCUCACUACCUAAAACUGCAAGAUAUAUACUGUAAUGUUCUUUUUGUCUCCCUUAUGGCACAGGAUUUUCAGGGGUGUGUGAGAGUAUUUAAUAAGGUGUUGACGUCCUUUUGAUGGGCCUCCUCUAUCUGCUCAUACCCUAACUUCUAUUCCCGCCCCCACUACAAAAGGGUUUCUGGGCAGCUGUUGCAUAUCUACAUGUAAAUAUAAAAUACUAAGUGCAUUUCCUUUCCAUGUGCAGUAUUAUUUGUGAUUUUAUUUAUUUUACAAUAUUUUUUUUUGCCGAGCUCAGAGCCCUCCUCGUGAAAUAAACGAGUGAUUAUAAUGCUUAGCUUCCUACAGAAUUACUGUACAGAGACUCUGCACUAACACUAUGACACUUCAAACCCUUUCAUGCCAAGGGGGUGUGCGAUGCAUUCAAUAACCUAAAAACUCUCCCAAUUGCUUUUUCUUUUUUGAAGCAGUGUGUCUUUUGUCUGUGAUUAAUUCCCAGAGUGCCUUAUGGUACAUUUUUGCUACUGACAAAAAAAAAAACUGCAUGUUUGUUCUGCCACACUGAUACUGAUCAGUGGGUUUCCUCCAUAUAACAACCAUGGUGUGCCUGCUUGGGUGCUUAUGGGGUACAUACUUAUGAUGGACCUUUUAUUAUCCUCACACUUUGUUAAAUAAUAUUGUGCACACUUCAGAUGUAGAAUUCUGCACUUUCGUCGUCGGCAGCAUUUCUCGUGUGUCGUGACAAAAUUCAGCUUUGUGUUUCAAAAACUCCUAUUUAUGAUCGAGCCUUCCUACCUGAAUUCUGUGAAUCUUGGGCACUAAAAAAAAAAAA